AUGAGUGAGCAAGAGAUGGAUAUGCUGGACAUAGAAGAUGAUCUAGUGGAGUUGUGCGAGGAGCAGAACGAAGAGCAGCGGAAGAAAAUGAGCAUUAAACAACAACAACCGCAACAUCAGCAGCAACAACAACAGCCACAACAUCAGCAACAACAGCAGCAAAAACAACAGCCACGACAACAGCAACAACAGCAGCAACAACGGCAGCAACAAAAACAGCAGCAACAACAACAGAAUAACAAUCGUCGGAAGCAACGAAACCAGCGUGACCAACGUGACCAACGGAACCAAGAUCGGGCACGUGGAAUUAGCCUGGAAACUCGUAUGGAAACGUUCGAGCGACUCGCUCGUCGUACAACUGCUCUCGGAAAGAGCGUACGACGAGCAAUUGAGGCAGAGCGGUUGCCCGGCCACCUCAUUUUGGGAUACAUGAACCGAUAUAAAAAUGUUUGUAAAAAUAUGGAUUAUGAGCUUAAUAAAGAAUGAAAUUAAUAAAUAAAAAUUAACCUGUCGUAUUCCAUUUGAUUCAAUUCGGCGAGAUUCGAAAAUAUUUGUGUGCGUUUAUGUGUGUAUGUGGGGGCAUAUUCUAGAACUAAAGCCACAUCGGUUCUUCGGUGAUGACUGAACCAAUUUUCACUAACCUAGUCUCAAAUGAAAGGUAUAG